UCGGAUGUAGAAGAGCAGUUUCGUACUGAACGCUGCUGCUGCGACACUGGCGCUAGGUAGCCGCUUUCUACGCGAUUGACAUCAAAUCGGCAGACACUUUUGCCGCUACCUCCGUUGGCUCUCGAGGGGAGAGCUCCCGCUCCAACAUCCAGGGAGGAAACUCUCUGGAGAUUUGCUGGAAGUGUUGUGUGCGUACUGAAAUCUGCGUUCAGUCUACGGACUGAAGUUAUAGCGAGAAUUUUCGACUGGUAGAGACGAAUCAGACGAUUCCUCCGCGAGCCAGUUCACGUCUGUAGGGUGAUCUUUCUUUCCCGCGAACCUACUGCCUUAGUGUCAUCAUGUCGCCAUUAACUCCUCGAUCUCCGCGCUGCUGCUCGUCUUUUUCUUCUUCUUCGUCUUCUUCGUCUCGAGUAACCCGUGCUGACGAUGUAGCAAGGUUAUCUUGCACGUACUCUCCGGGCUGGGCUUCUUCAUCUCCUUCGCUUCCAGCAUCUGCGACGAGAAGCCCGUGCAGCAGCUCUACCGAUUUCUCCACUAUCGCUAGCGUCAAAGCUGCAAGGCGUCUGUCAGCGAUUGCUGGGAGCCGAGACGAGUCCCUAGGUUCUCCGGAAAUUCCGGUGAAAACGAUGGAGAAAGCUAGCGAUCAUGUGACGGGAAGUACAUCGAAUGAGUGCACGGCGGACGGCAGCUGCAAGCAGCCGCAGGUUUGCUGCCCAUCCAACGAAGAUGGGGACAAGCUGAUUGCGACAAGGGGACAGGCAUUGGACGCGUACGCAGGAGGAGAAGAGUCGCAGGGAGAUGCGCACGGCAGAAGACAACUCACAGAAGACAAUUUCAAGGGAGAGGCUGAUGCUUCGGCAUUGAGACAGUGUGACGCCGAGAACCAGCGGGUGAACUCUGACGUCUGGCUGAGCAUCAUCAGUUUCUUGAAAGCCAAGGAAGUUGUCACGGUGGCCAUGCUCAAUCAUGAGUUCAACUUGCUGGCUAUGGAGGAAGAGGUUUGGCGGUGUGUGUGCGAGCGGCAGCUGGGUAUCGUCAUCCCCGGAGGGCUGUCGAAGCCCAGUCUAAGCUGGCGCGCUCUCUUCCGGUCCGUCACUGAUGGGAGGCAUUCGUUCAAGUAUCAGCAGCAGGAUAAGCAUCUGGAUUGGAUGAGGCUCGGCGUUUUCGAGGUACGCUCUGGGAUGGUCAUUGCGACGGACACUCUUCGAGCGGACAACAAGGGAAAGCAAGGUCAUUGUGAAGACGGGGCAGUGAACUCAGCGAAGGCCAGCCGUUCGGAUCCAUCUUCCUCUCUACCGGCCUUCUCCUCUUCCGCUCCUUCCUCCUCCUCGGAAGUGGAUGCCUAUCGUGUUUCGAGAGAGGACGGGUUUUCGCAGGCGAUUGGGAACGUGCGACGAGGAAGUUGGAUAGCAGACAUGCAUCUGUUGCGCUGUCCUCUUUGCGACUCGCCCACCUGCGAAGGAACUAUGCAAGCUCUGGACGCAUGGCAUUCCGAGCUGUUUCUUCAUGAUGAGGCCGUCAACAAGAAAUGGAGUUACGAGGAGCUGUCAGCGAGAAACCGCACCGACGACGUCCCCGCAGCGGUGGCGGCGAUUUUCGACGCGGAGGAGUUCAACCAACCCACCACGAGGUGCAGCAACGAAAUGCUCAACCUGAAGGCAUGGGCAGGUCCAGUGGGAGACUGGCAACCUCGGGGAAGGGUGUCCUCGUUCGCAGCCGCCGUCUGUACCAACCUUCAGGAGAAUGCCGGGAUGAACGUCAAGUGCUAUGCCAUGCGUGCAGGGGAUCGCGGCCCUGUGAUGGGCAUUCGCAUCACCCAGCAACUCAAUUAGAUCCUCUUAACACACAUGCGGUUUGUGAGGGAUCUGCGACCUCGGCAGUUUCUGGAAGUGACGAGCUGACGCUGCGACGUUUGGCACUCGUUCCAGAAUCUCGAUUGACCAAUCUCGGGGAUAAAUUGGUAAGGCGUGG